UCUCCGACACGAGUUGGCAAACGACUGAACCGAUGGCACCUCAGCCUCGCGCCAUCUCUCUCCGCCACCACCGCCACCUCUUCCUCCUGCUCGCCGUCACCGCCGUGGUAACACGAGCAGCCACCGCGGACAUGGAGGCCGCCGCGCCGAGCGCCACAGAGACUCGGUCCACGGCGUCGGCGCCAGCGGCUUCCUUCCUCCGCGCCUGCUGCGCCACCACGCUGUACCCGGCGCUCUGCUACGACUCCCUCCUCCCAUACGCCCCCGAGUUCCAGACCAGCCACGCCCGGCUCGCGCGCGUCGCGGCCGACGUCACGGCGGCACACCUCCGCGCCCUCUCGGCCCGCGUCAAGGACCUCCUCCUCCACGCCACCAGGCCCGACACAGCUGCCGGCGGACGGCCUAGCGAGGCCGCGGCGCUGCACGACUGCGCGAGCACGAUCUCGAGCGCGGCCAACCUGGCACGGCAGUCCUCGGCCGAGCUCACCGGGCUGGACGCAGCCGGGUCGACCACCCCGGCGGGCACGAGCAGCAGGCAAGCGAGAUGGCAGGUGUCCAACGCGAAGACGUGGCUCAGCGCGGCGAUGACGAACGAGGGGACGUGCACCGACGGGUUGGAGGAAGCCGGGGCCGCAGCGUCGCUGGCCGGGAAGGAGGUCACGGCCGGCGUGGCGAGCGUGAGGCAGUACACGAGCAACUCCCUCGCGCUAGUCAAUGGCAUACCACUGUGAAGUGAGC